AAGAAGGUCGCGCACAGGUGGUUGGGUGUGGGUCCGCCUCGGGUGGACGGCAGGAACCGGGAGUUGUCCAGGUGGAACGUCCCCCCCUCCCCCCAGCGGGAGGAGCCUUGCACAGCAGCGUCGCCGCGGCGGUUCCAGAGCGCUCCGACUUCAACUUCGGUUCUGGGUCGGAAACGCUCACCUGCGGCUCCGGCUCCGACUCCGGCUCCGGCUCCGGCUCCGGCUCAUUUCCGAGAGUUCCCGCUUGGCGGUGGUGGAGUGACUUGGUUUACUCGGUUCUCUCUCUUUCCUUAAAGUAAGCGCCGAAGGCUUCUGUUUCCCAGUUGAGAGAAACUUUGCGAGGAAAAAGUCGUAUUGGUAGAUUCAAGUGGCCUUUUUAAUGAUUGAGUAAUGAUGGAGAUGGACCCAAAUUAGAAAGUGAUUUCUUCAAUAAAGCAAUAGAAGAUUCUUCAUAUCACUUCUGGAAAGCUCAGCGUGCUGCUGGCCAGACUGCUUAAGCACCCUUUUUACAAGAAAACCUCGUGGAAGAUACAGCUGGCGACUUUGGAAACAGGACCACAGAGGUGACACUCUGAGGAUCCUGGCCAUGAGGUUGGAUGCCUCAUCUUGCUGAAAAGACACUGGACCUAAAUGGCGCAGCAUGACUUUGUUCCUGCUUGGCUAAAUUUCUCAACGCCACAGUCAGCUAAGUCAUCUACAGCCACCUUUGACAAACACGGAGAGCACCUAUCCCGUGGAGAAGGUAGAUUUGGAGUAAGCCGUCGUCGACAUAAUUCCUCUGAUGGCUUUUUUAACAAUGGACCCCUAAGGACUACCGGAGAUUCUUGGCACCAACCCUCUUUAUUCCGCCAUGAUUCUGUGGACUCUGGUGUCUCUAAGGGAGCAUAUGCUGGAACCACAGGAAAUCUAUCUGGUUGGCAUGGCUCUUCCCGAGGUCAUGAUGGCAUGAACCAACGAAGUGGAGGUAACACAGGAAACCAUCGACACUGGAAUGGCAGCUUCCACUCUCGGAAAGGCUGUACCUUUCAAGAAAAACCACCAACAGAGAUUAGGGAAGAAAAAAAAGAGGAUAAAGUAGAAAAGUUGCAGUUCGAAGAGGAAGACUUUCCUUCUUUGAAUCCAGAAGCUGGCAAACAGAAUCAGCCAUGCAGACCUAUUGGGACCCCUUCAGGAGUGUGGGAAAAUCCGCCUAGUGCCAAGCAACCCUCAAAGAUGCUAGUCAUCAAAAAAGUUUCCAAAGAGGAUCCUGUUGCUACCUUCUCUGCUGCAUUCACCUCAUCAGGAUCCCACCAUGCAAAUGGGAACAAAGUGUCAACCAUGGUCCCAAGUGUCUAUAAGAACUUGGUUCCUAAGCCUGCACCACCUCCCUCUAAGCCCAAUGCUUGGAAAGCUAACAGAAUGGAACACAAAUCAGGAUCCCUUUCCUCUAGCCGGGAGUCUGCUUUUACCAGUCCAAUUUCUGUUACUAAACCAGUGGUACUAGCUGCUGGUGUAGUUCUAAACUCUCCCAAAGAGAGUCCCUCCAGUACUACCCCUCCAAUUGAGAUCAGCUCCUCUCGCCUGACCAAAUUGACCCGUCGAACUACGGACAGGAAGAGUGAGUUCCUGAAGACUCUGAAGGAUGAACGGAAUGGAGACUGCUCAGAAAGCAGAGAUUGUGACAAACUAGAGGGGUUGGAGGGCACCCACACACCCGAACCAAAGGAAAAUGGAGAACAAGGUUGUCUUCAGAACGGUCUUUCUCUACCCAUUGUGGAAGAAGGGGAGGUCCUGUCCCACUCACUGGAAGCAGAGCACAGGUUAUUAAAAGCAAUGGGAUGGCAGGAAUAUCCUGAAAAUGAUGAGAAUUGCCUUCCACUCACAGAGGAUGAGCUGAAGGAGUUCUACAUGAGAACAGAGCAGCUACGAAGAAAUGGGUUUGGAAAGAAUGGCUUCCAGCUGAGCCGCAGUUCUGGCCUGUUCUCCGCUUGGAGAAGCACUAUCAAUGUAGAGUGUGAAGACUCCGACACAGAAACAAGCAGCAGUGAGACGUCAGAUGACGACGCCUGGAAGUAGAAAUAUAAGUGCUCACAGUUGACCUGCCCCACUGAGCUCAGCUUUGUGUUUAGAGAAUAUAAAAAGUGUUCUUUUCCUUUUCUUACGUUGUUGAAUACUUCAUGCACAAGGGAAAUAAUCAUAUCCCAAAGAGAGAGCAAUUGUCUUGCCUAGCUUUUGUUGUUGUUCCCUGUUAUCUGCUUAAUAGAGAGACAUUUGUGUGGUGGAAUUUUUAAAGCACAUACACAGUACCUGUGGGGCCGUGCACAAGUGGGAGCUGGCAGUGCAGAGAUGCAGGAGGAGACACUGCUCUGCUCAACAGCUUCUACUACCAGCCCUUGGGCACUCACCCCUGUGCUCAAGCAAUCAUUGUCAAUGACAAAGUGACUAUUGAAGUUAUAAUUGUAUUAAAUUAAUGCUAAUAAUUUGGAUAUUUUAUUUUAUUUUUGGCUGCUCGGGUAACUUAGCCCUUAACCAAGCAAAUGUGGUUGUUUUUUGUUUUAUUUUUCUGUUGUUGUUUUUUUCUUUCUGGGUACAGCUGUAAAAUAUUUGGAUAUAGGAAAUGUUAUUCUUGCAGCCUUGAUAUUCAGGGUGGAUUGUAAAAUAUGAAUUUUUGUGAGAUUUCAAAGAUUAAGAUUAUUUUGAUAACAUUAUUUACAGAUUUAAAAGAUGUGGUUAUCACAAGUCUGUUGAGGGGGAAAACUACUGCAUAAAAUAACUAACGUGGAAUAAAUAUUUUGCAUCAGUUUGGA